UGUUCUGUUUACAAAUUUUAUAGGUUACGAAGUGAGUUUCCUGUGCAAAAUAGUAUUCUAGUAGAGGAAAAUGAAAGGAUGAACUGACGUCACAUGCGAACAUGUAUUGAAUACAGCGUUGCCAAACGUGACCAAUUCAUUUGUCGUGUAAUAUCCGAAUGAUUUCUCAUCAGCGAUAUUGUUAAAAACAUUUUCAGCUAAUUUUCAACGGAAAACAAUUGGAGCUUUGGUAUACUUCGAAUCACGUCACGUUUACCGCAUUAUCUUAUUAAACGCACUGAGAAUAUAUAUAGGACAUUGGGCUUGUGAGAUCGGUGAUGUUUGUGUACUAUUUUUUUUCACCUUUUGAACCACAAGCUCUCGUAGAUGCCGCUGUUGACAACGACGUUGCGCUUACAUUGUGAUGACGCUUAAACGAGUAUAACGUACAAGUUUUCCUAAUAAAUGAUACGCUCAUUUUUAAUUUGUUCGAGAAAAAGAAGAACCCGGUAAGAAAAAGAUUAUAAUAUAUUACCUUCGGGGAAUGCCCAAUACGCUCAUCUGAUUGACUUCACAUACUGCAAUUACUCGGAGUUUCGUCACGCAGUUAUUUAACAAUACUGCGGAUUCGGCAAAGCUUCGUUUCAUUCUGAAGAAAACUGUUAUCGGCUGCAUCACAUAAAUAAAUAAAUAAAUAAAUAAACAAUUGAUGUUUCGUUCGUGUUUUUAUCGGAGGUUGGUGAAAACUCGCAAUUAAUUGUCGACGAAUUUGACUGCGAACCGGAUUUGUAUCUCUUUUUUUUUUUAGUGCCUUAACGGUAUUACUAUUUCCAUCCGUCAAUUAGAAAAAUGAAAAAACUCGAAAGACACACAGAGGUCUCACAAUCGAAGUUGUAGCUGAACGAAUUUUCCGGAAGAUCAUUCGGUCGCAUUGGUCAAAAUAUUUUGGAUAAACGGUUUGAAGAAAAUGCAAUCAAUGGAUGAAAAUAAUAUAAUAAUAAAAAUGUCGAAAGGAAUCAGUGCUGGGGUUUCUCCCGUUUUUCUGUUGCUGCUAUUCGGUUCGAUUAAUUUUGGAUUCGCCCGAUCACCGUGUCCCCAAUAUUUUCAUUACAUGAAAGAUGAAAUAGACGGGAAAAUUUGGGCCAGAAUCGAAGUGCCGCGGGCCCCAAAAAAUGUCGCUUUGCAUCUUCGAGUUAGACUGAGUGUCGCUAUUGCAUUGCCAACGAAAUACGUGGGACGAUUGGAAUUAGCAACAUCGAAAAGCGAAGCUGUUAAAGCGGUGUAUCAAGGCAGACCCCUUCUUUACGAUCUUCAUUUUCCCGUUCGAAAUCCGAUUCCCAUUCUUACAGAAAUGACGUUCAAUGGAGAGCGUUACUGCACUGGAAGUCGAGCUCGUGGCCCGAUAGUGACGACAAUAUAUCUCGAGCAUACGCUUUAUCCGCCUGGUGUGAUAGCUCUUUCGGAUGAUGAACCAACUUCGAAAGAUCCCGAUUUUUUGGACAUUCCUCCGAAUAGACCAGGAAUUAAUUUUUCUCCUGAUCCAACCGAGCAGUCUUCACCCGAUACGUUUUUAUCACCUGAUGGCAAUGAUCCUACGUUCUUGAAUGUAGAAAAACCGAUAUUGGACGGAAAUAAAGCAGAUUUAUUGGACAAUUACAAAAAAAUUUGUGGUCGCGUCAAUACUGCUGGCGUGAAUUAUCUCAUAGCGAAUGGGGACAGAACUUCUCCUGGACAAUGGCCCUGGUUAGCCGCAAUUUUCGUCGCUAAAAUUGAGUUCGAGUUUCAGUGCGCCGGAAGUUUGAUCACUGACAAACACAUUAUCACAGCUGCUCAUUGCAAGUUUCACAAAGGCAUCGACGUGCCAGCGAGUGCGUUCAUCGUUUCGCUGGGUCGUUAUCAUUUGCACGAAUGGCGAGAGCAAGGUUCUCAAUCGCUCGAAGUAUUGAAAUUUCGUGGGCAUCCGGACUACGGGAAUCCUUUUAGCGCCGACGCCGAUAUCGCGCUAAUAACGCUGCGUAAGAAGGUCCAAUUUACACCUAAGAUACAACCUUUGUGUCUUUGGAAUGAGCCCUCAACGCUUGAAAGAAUCGUUCGACUUAGCGGUUACGUCGUUGGUUGGGGCAAAGAUGAAGAUGGGCAUCAACACUUAAAGGAGCCACGAAUGGCUGUCGCACCCAUAGUUUCGCAGGAGGAUUGCCUCAGAAGCAACGCGGCCUUUAUACCUUCAACGUCGAAUCGAACCUUCUGCGCUGGCCGCAGAGACGGUAGCGGACCUUGUAACGGCGAUAGUGGCAGUGGGCUUGUUUUGCUCGAUCAAAAUACCGGACGUUACCAUUUACGCGGUAUAGUUUCGUUAUCGUUAUUGGACAAGGAGAGGAAGUCUUGUGAUCUCUCUCAAUACGUUGUUUACGCGGACUCGGCCAAAUUUUUUAAUUGGAUCAAGAGCCAGAUUCAUUAUUAGUUAUAACUAUACAUACAGUCGCGGCGAGGAAGACUUUUUAUAGGAACGAAAAUGUCAAUAUACAACUUUAAUUGAUAUUUAAAUAUGGACGGAGAAUAAGGCUUGACUUUAUUUCGAAUUGGGAGACAUGCAAUUGAUGCGAAGAAUGUUUUUUAUUCAUUAUUUAUUUAUAAAAACUCGAGUGCUACCUGCUGGACCAUGAAGAGCUCGUGCAUGCGUGAGCUGCUCCACUCAACACUGCUGCGUUAUAUUUACAAAUGCGAUUGUGUAAUAAAUGUAAAGUGAAGAAUCGAAAUGAAGAUCAUUGAAUUUAAAUGAAACUGAAAACCGCAGUUUUUCUCAAAUUUGUUGCGAUCGUUGUCCAGCUCGCUGCGUCAGGCUAAAUGAUUCUUCUGAUUAUUCGUGCUGUACGUUCGACUGUGAAACAUUCGCUUCGGCGAUCACCCGCAUAGCGUAUCGUUUAUCGUCAUGUCAUUCUCACAAUAAAAGUCACCGAGCAAUUGUU